AUGGUGGUUGGGCAGGCGUUGACCGAGUUCUCGGGCCUGCAUCGGGCUCUGACCGCAGCGGGAGUGAACAUUCUCCUCCACGCCGCCGAGCGGCACCACAACACACCGGAUGCGGUGUUCCCCAACAACUGGUUCUCCACGCACCCCGCGGCAGAGACGGGCCGCUCCACGCUCGUGUUCUACCCCAUGAAGACCCCGUCCCGCAGGGCCGAGCGGAGGCAGACCAUCGUGGAAGAGCUGCAGGCCGUCUACGAGCAGGAGGUCAGCUUCGAGCACUGGGAAAACGCCGAUCCUCCGCGCUUUCUCGAAAGCACAGGGGUGCUGAUCCUGGACCGGGCCAGGAAGGUGGCCUACGCUGCGCUCUCCCAGCGCUGCUCCAAGCGGGUGGCCUCGCAGUGGGCCAAGCGCCUGGGGUACGAGAUGUGCUUCUUCCACGCCUCCGAUGCCCAGGGCCAGCCGAUCUACCACACCAACGUCAUGAUGGCCGUGGGCUCCUCCGUCGCCGUGGUGUGCCUGGAAUCCGUGGCCGAUCUCGAAGAGCGCGAGAACCUGCGACGCACGUUGAGCGUUUCGCACGAGGUGGUGGAGAUAACGAGGGCGCAGGUGGACGAAUUCUGCGGCAACGUGCUCGAGGUGCGGGGCACCGGCGGAAGGAGAGUGCUCGCCAUGUCCUCGCGAGCGUUUGCUGCCUUCACCGACGCGCAGCUUACGCUCUGCGAUGUUACGUGGAUGGACGGGUGGAUAGGGGGAUCGUCGGGCGGUGUGGAGGACUACGUGGCAGUCUACGCGGCGCCCACGGAUGUGGUGGUGGGGCUCACGCCGCCUCCGCAGCGGGUGGACGAGCUGGGUGCGGACAGCAAGCAGCGAGAGACCUACGCGCGGGGCAUGCUCGUGUUCGAGGCCGGCUACGCGUGCCAGCUGCUGGCCCAGGGCAACCACCGCCUCCUCGAGGCCCUCUUCUGGCCGGGUCCCGCGGCCGCCGCGUUCGAGACGGUGGCCUGGCGGGAGCUCCGGGAGCUGGCGGGGCGGGGCCUCGUUGCGCUGCCCGCCCUCAACCACUACUUGGGCGUGGCGCAGGGCCAGCUGCAGACCCGGCCCCUCACCCACACGCACCUCUACCACGCCCUGCGCCUGCUCUCCGAGGCCGGCCACAUCGCCGACCACCACCGCCCGCCCCGUGUCGCCCUCCCGCCCGACGAGGUCGCCUUCCUCCUCCGCGUGCGCGAUGCCGGUAAGCUGGGCGACAACGCCACCGCCUUUACUCUGGCCCACCUUACAGAGCGAGCCAAGGCGCAGGCCGCCGCCAUCGCCGAGCGCAAAGGAGCCGACCUGCCCCGCCGACCCGACGUCGAGCCCCUCGACCGGUGGCUGUCGGCCCUCCGACUCCUCACCUUCCUGGAGUAG